AUGAAAUUUCCAAUAGAAAACCCAAGAAAACAAGUUAACUGGGACCCUGAACAAGUGGCGGUCCAAACCAACUUGGUCCCUCCCAAAAAGGUCCAGCCUGGCACAGUGAAGUCGAGUCUAGUCCAGGCCAGUGUUGCCACCAUGCAGAACCCAAUGGGCUGUGACCCAAAGGCCAAUGGUCACUGUCCACUGCCACGCCUGUCCAUCUCCUCCCGCUCUGCCAGUAUGGUGGCCAGCAUGGACGCCAGCUGUGAUGGCUCGGCCGCAGCCCUCCACUCGGUGAUGAAGUGGAAGACGGUGCUGGCAGUGUUCAUCGUGGUUCUUCUCUACCUGGUUUUUGGAGGUGUUGCAUUCAGGGCACUGGAGAUGCAAUUUGAGAGCAACCAGAAGACCAGCAUCACCCUAGAGAAGGCUUUGUUCCUGAAGAGACACCCCAGUGUUACUCCUGACGAGCUGGAGGCACUCAUUGAGCAUGCCAUAGAUGCUGUGUGUGCAGGAGUGAGACCUAUCGGAGACACAUCCUACAAUUCCAGUCACUGGGACCUGGGCAGUGCCUUCUUCUUUGCUGGAACUGUCAUUACAACCAUAGGUUAUGGAAACAUAGCUCCAAGCACGGAAGGCGGGAAAAUCUUUUGCAUUCUUUAUGCCAUAUUUGGCAUUCCUCUCUUUGGAUUCUUGUUGGCGGGGAUUGGAGACCAGCUGGGGACCAUCUUUGUGAAAAGUAUCUUGAGAGUUGAGAGGAUAUUCAGGCAAAAGCACAAACAGAUCAGUCAGACUAAGAUCAGAGUGACGUCCACCAUCCUGUUCAUCCUGGCCGGCUGCAUUGUCUUCGUCACCAUCCCAGCUGUCAUUUUCAAACACAUCGAGGGCUGGACCACACUGGAGGCCAUCUACUUUGUAGUGAUCACUCUUACAACAGUGGGAAUAGGAGACUAUGUGGCAGGUGGAAACCAUAGGAUCGACUACAUGCAGUGGUACAAGCCACUGGUGUGGUUCUGGAUUUUGGUGGGUUUGGCGUACUUUGCAGCUGUCCUCAGCAUGAUUGGAGACUGGCUUCGAGUGCUGUCUAAAAAGACCAAAGAGGAGGUUGGGGAGUUUAAAGCUCAUGCAGCUGAAUGGAAGGCAAAUGUACGAGCAGAGUUCCGUGAAACGCGUCGUCGACUGAGUGUUGAGAUCCAUGACAAGCUCCAGCGGGCCGCCACCAUCCGCAGCAUGGAGCGCCGUCAGCUUGGCCUUGAGCAGCGAGCUCACUCCCUCGACAUGCUGUCUCCAGAGAAGCGGGCCAUGUUCACCAGCCUGGAUGCUGGCCGUUUCAAGACCUCCUCCCAGGAGAGCAUUGACACCAAGCUGAACAACCUGAGGCUGAAGGGGGCCUGUGAGCCGUACGACCAUCAGGGGAGUGAGCAAACGCAACAGACAGCAUCUUCCUCAGAGGAGAAUCUCUUCAACCUACGCUUCGGAUCCCUCACCAAACUGGCCAGGCGUAACAAGAACCGUGACCUUCGGAGGAACAUUCCUGAAGAUGCUCGACGGGCGAGUGUAGGCGUAAACAAUGGCAGUGCCAUGCUGGGGGAGGAGAGGACAGAGGAAGAAGAGGAUGGGGAGCCGCAGGAGGAAAACACAGAAAGGAAAGAGGGAAACAUCAGUCUGACAAACCUGUCACAGUAUGUGAUGGAGCGCACCGAGUUGAAUGCGUUCAUACCCGCAGAGGCCAAAGACAGAGAAAAUGAUUAG